CAGAUAUCUUUAAAUCACUUCCUCUUUAUUUAAAAGUUGUACUCAUUAUUCAAAAAUCACAUCACUUCCUGUGAAAGGCUUCCGUUAAUCGUUCGUGUAUUAUAGAAUUACAAAUAUACUUGCAUUUCUGUUUUCCAACGUGCGAGUAGUGCAGUGUCACAAUCACGCCCCAGAGGUAAUGCUCAACAUUCAUUUUAUAGUAAUUUUUCAGAGUUUUAAUCAUAUAUAGCACCGUUUCACACAAAAUAUCAAUGGCAGCUGCCGCACGUUUGGGUUUCUUAGUUCGAAUAAAGGCGGUCGUUUCCAGUCCGACUCCUCGAUAUUUUACCUUUUUAUUCUGGCGUUAGGAUUUUUUUCCAUAUUUUUUGUCCAUGUGUGUAAAAUAUGAAAUAUGAGAACGAUUGUUUGCGCCGUUUAUGUUUGCUGUGCAUAAGUUUCUCGCAGCGCUUGUUAUUUACUUAUUUAUAUGAAAGUCAAUUUCGACAUGUUCAUCAUGCGGCUUUCCAACGUAGACGACAUUUAGAUAAAUGUGUGCUUAUGUGUACUGUUUAGCUUUCCUUUUGCAGAUCACAUGUCAAGAGAGAGGGCUGAAGUCCAGCGCGUGUUAGCCCAGGCGCUGACAUUCGUACAUCAAGCAGAAGAAGAACUUGGAGCAGACAUGGAAGGGCAGAACUCGGCUGCAGAUUCUGAAGCGGCCGCAUUUGUUCGCGAAACUAGAGCCUUAUUUCAAAGACGUUCAACUGCAGAGACGAAUCACAGAAGAGGAGGCAGAAAAUAUAAAGGACGGGUUAGAGGCGAUAUUUGGAAAAGUAACUUGUUUCUGUUACAAAAACACAAUGAAGACUUUGUCCCUCCACCAUUAGAAAUGGCCAGGUUGACAAGAAAUGGUUUAGGUGUUCCUAAACAUGAACAGCCUGGUUCUACUGAAAGAUAUGGCUCAAAGUCAAUAAUUCAAAGGAAAUGGAAUUUUUCUCGUUUUGAGAAGUUUGUACAGGAUAGCUUUCCUGAAGCACCAUUGCAUUUGACCGGCUUCACCUUUGCAAAAGCAGAAAAAGGCAGACGUCUUAAAAAACUUGCUGCAACAACAAUACAUGAUUUAGAAUUGGAAAUUGGAAAAGGGAAGAUUUUUGUAGUUCCUGGACGAGAUCUACCUCUACCAGUUCAGCUGACAGAAGUAGGAAUGUCCUCAGUUACUUUUGCUGACAGACCUGAAACCAACUUGCAAAAUGAAGGUCAGACCCAAUUAGAAGAAGUGCAUGAUGCUUUGAGCUCAGAAAUUCAUCAUGUAGGGAACAACCAGGAGAGGCUAAAUGUCAAUGUACAGACUAUAGAAGACAGUCAUCCCCAACAUGAGACUCCUGUCUUAGAUGUUGAAGUUAGAGAAGAGUCAGUUCAGAGAGUAGCAGAUGUUACAAACCAACCAGAGUUUCAGUUGUUAUCUCUGACUACUGAGGCAGCAACAGCAACACCACCACCUUCUCCUUUUGCAUAUGUAAAUACUGGGACUCCAACAAUCCAAAUACACCAGUCACAUUCUGAGGAAAAGGAGUUGGAUCUUAAACAAGGUUUUUCUGAAUUGGAAUUGCUUGUUGAAGAUGAAAUUUGUAUCAGCAUAAGAAGAGAAAAAAUCUUAGAAGAUGUUCAAGCAAUCUAUAGUAAAACUGACAUUCUGAACAAACGUUUACGUGUAAAGUUUAUGGAUGAGGAGGGUGAUGACUUUGGAGGCUUAACAAAAGACCUUUUCUCUUCCUUUUGGAAUAAGGCUUUUACUGAAUGGUUUAAAGGGGAAGAUGCCCUUGUUCCUUGUCUUCCUAUAAACCAGUUCUCUGAAGCUCCUGGCAUAUUCUCUGUUGUUGGCAAAGUACUGUCACAUAUGUGUCAGCUCAUCCAUUGUAUACCACCUCGGUUCUGCAGGUCAACUCUGCUUUCCAUUGUGUUUAAUACCUCCACUAUAGACAGUGGAAUACUGUUAGAUGAUUUUUUGUUGCAUGUAACAACAGCAGAGCGUAGCCUACUGUGGAAAGCUUUGAAAGAUUUUACUGCAGUCAGUGCACCUGAAAAACAGGACCUGCUUAAUUUUUUUUCAGUUCAUGGCAUGUAUACUCUUCCUUCUACAUCCAAUUUUAAAAGUCAGCUGCUUUUAGUUGCACAAAAUGAACUUAUUAUAAAGCCAAUGUAUUUGAAUACAUUCAUUCGGCAAUCAAUACCACAAGUACACAUGGCAAUAUUUUGGUCACAGCUAGACACAGACCUCAUUUCUUAUUUGUACUGGAAGGAGAUGCCAACUGUAGAUCGUGUUUUACAAUGCCUUACUACAUGUGAACCUGACUUAAGACCUGAAGAAGAUGUAGUCUAUUAUUACCUGCGUGACUUUAUUAAGUCACUGUACCUAGAUGACAUGUGUAAAUUUCUUCAGUUUGUAACUGGUUCCCCACUGUUACCAUAUGAUGGGAUUAAGGUAUCUUUCAAUAGACUAAGUGGCACACAACGUAGACCUAUUGCACAUACAUGCAGCAAUAUAAUAGAAAUUCCUGUAACUUACACAUCUGUGCAGGAAUUUAGACGGGAAAUGAGGUCUGUUUUGUAUUCGGAUGAAGCAUUUACAAUGACAAUGUUGUAA